AUGUUAUGUUGUCCUUUCCGGCACAUCCGUACCGCCAAAUUGUCCAGCUACAAUCAGAAAUUGAAAGACCUGAUCCACAUGGAAGCCUGUAACAUCCGUACUCUAUGUCAAGUUGGGCAACAGGCAUCUUUUGCAGAAACCUUGUUUUCCCUAUCUGUCGGUGGACCUGCCUUCGAGUGGACACUGGAUCAUAUCCGACACAAAGUCAUCGCCGAUACCUCCGGUAACUCCCAAUCCGGUGUACCAAUCGUUAAACCACUGAAGCCCGUCUGGACUCAAAUCGAUGGCGCCUCUUAUGAAUGUCGCUGUCUUGCUCACUCAGGUUUUCACGCAUUUUCUGAUAUUAGCGUCUCUGAUAAUCAUGCCUUCCCUGCCGAUGAAUUAAUGCCUCUUAGUUGCAAAGGUCGGUACAGAGAUCCGCUGAAUUCCAGAGGUGAUCUGGACUAUACGCUUGGAAAUUUUUCGUUGACGAUGAUUGACUCACUAGACAGCCUUUUUCUGUUCAGUGCCUUGGAGGAAUUCGAGUCUGCUGUUCGGUUGGUCUUGGAGAACGUCAGGUUUGAUACGGAUGUUGAUGUGUCCGUCUUUGAAACUAAUAUACGUAUUCUCGGUGGCUUACUUGGGGCCCAUGUAUCCGCCAUGGAGAUCCAGAAAGCGAACUCAUCGCGCAUGAAGUGGUACACAGACGAACUUUUACAAAUGGCAACAGACAUUGGCGAUCGGCUUCUGCCUGCUUUCAACACGUCCACUGGCAUACCGUUACCCAUAAUCAACUUGCGGUAUGGUGACAGGGGUGAAAGUACCUGCACUGCUUGUGCUGGCACAAUGAUUUUGGAAUUUGCAGCUCUCAGUCGUCUAACUGGGAACCCGAUUUAUGAGGAAAAGGCGGUUCGGGCUAUGGCCUACUUAUGGAAACAGCGAAGUCGAUACUCAGAUCUAGUCGGUCGGGUGAUCAACGUUCACAGUGGGGACUGGGUUCUUCGAGAUUCUGGAAUCGGCGCUGGUAUCGAUUCCUACUACGAAUACCUUCUGAAAGCCUACGUGUUGCUUGGUGAACCGGUCUAUCUGCACCGUUUUCACACCCACUACCAGGCUAUUAAACGCUACGUCAGUGGUCCAGAAUCGGCACGGUUUCCUUUCCUAUUCCUUGACGUCAAUAUGCACAGUCCCUCCCAACGCUCCCGUUCGUUCAUGGAUGCGCUUUUCGCUUUUUGGCCUGGCAUUCAGGUCCUUCUUGGAGAUAUCAAAUCCGCGGUUGCCCUUCACGAAUACCUAUUCCAAGUGCACAAACGAAACAAACUCCUACCGGAAGCGUUCACACCAGACUUGCGUGUCCAUUGGGGACAGCAUCUGAUGCGACCAGAGUUUAUUGAAUCUACCUACCUGUUGUACCGUGCCACCAAUGAUCCGUACUAUUUGGAGGUUGGAGCCCGAGUUGUAGAUGACUUGCAAAACUAUACCCGAGUGCCUUGCGGUUACGCAGCUGUUGAAGACGUCCGCACGAUGAAUCUAUCUGACCGGUUUGAUUCGUUUGUCCUGGCCGAGACCUUCAAGUACUUAUACCUUUUGUUCACCGAACCGUCUGAUUUACCCUUCUCUCUGGGUGACUACAUUUUCACAACUGAGGCUCACCUUCUGCCACUUAGUUUGUCUCAAGUCCGCCCUAAGAACACAUCUUCGGUUUUUAUGUUUGAUGGAACUCACAAUGCGGAAUCGCAUAUUUCUCCUGUAGAACCAACUGAUCAUCAUGGAGAUCGAGAUCCUUCGGCUGAGGCAAAACUUAGGCGCUCAAGCAUUUGCCCAGCUGUAGAAUUUGAGUAUACUCAUCCGUUCUCCCCAAACGAAUGUAGACCCAUCCAGGAGUUUCUCGACAAUGGACAUAAAAUAAGUAACAUAGACACCACAUCUUGUUCUAUUUGGGACGGACCCAGUUGUCACCGAGGCAGACGGAUGUUGAUGCACUUGACUCAGCCGGAGCGAUUGAUUCCUUAUGCAUGCCCUGGAGCGAUCACCCAGCGAAUGUGGCAGACCAUUGAACUUAUCCGCGAACCACUCCGACAGUUGGGAGUUCGUUCCAACACGGCAGUCCAGGAUUAUUCUACUCCAUCAGAACAGCAGGGUGCCUCACACGUUCCUCUUCUCGUGCGUGCUAGUGACUUUCGGCCGGAAAAUCCAAACCAUUUGAGUGCCGUGAAACAAAUGGGCAUCGAGUUUUCGGUGACAAAAGACGGGCGUCUCAUGUUACGUCAUGAUCAAAGCACAGCAGACAGCCCACAACUCGCUCUUGCUGGCCUGCUUUUCAUCCAAGAAUUAUUACUUCUGAACAAGGUCAACCAACACAGUGAAGGAGCAUUCGUCGAGCCUCGACAUGUGGUCCUAUUAAAUCCACCGUCGUUUGGUCGAGUUCGCUUCAGUGCCUGUCCCGCAUACUUUGGACUUUUUCCUGGUGAGAGCAACGCUGCUACAUCGACAGUGGUGACCGGGGACAGUCAGUCCACCACUUCCCAUACUGACAAGGGGACAGAUGAAGAAACCUUGAAAGCCCUCCCCUCUAAGUGGCGCCCACUCGUAGCUCCAGUCCGAGUUGCUUAUCCGUUAGAUGGGUGUACUGAAGUUCAUUCAGAAGGCACAGCUUACCCCUCACCUUCGUUGAAGUGGGAUGGAAAUUCCGAUGAGUCUGCUCCUGAGGCUACUAUGACGGAUCUCGGUACAAAAUUGGGUCUUGGACCGCUGGCUGGUUCCAUUGGGCUUAUUCGCCGAGGUGGUUGUUUGUUUGCUGGAGCGGUUGGUGGCAUAGUGGUCGAUAACAUCGAUCACUCGUCCGCUAGUGUGUCCUCUCUGUUCACCAUGUCUGGAGAAGAAGAUCCUGCCAAAAACGAUGUGGAUAUACCGUUUGUUCUCUUGUUUGGUAAGGAACGUGACCACCUACUUGAUGAAAUGCGAAAACAUUGGAAAGCUACAGGCAAACCUACUGAGGUCAUGAUAACGAAGAAGUAUGAUCCUACUGUGUCUCUGACCGCAGCGUUCAACGCAUUCAAGGAGCAUCAGCUGUCGUGGGCGCCUCAUAAUAUUCCCAUCACCCAGUUCACAUUCCAUUCUAAUGUCCGGUCGUCGUCAGACGUGUCCAGAUUACACGUGUACCGGCUUCCCUCGCUCGCCUCGGGUGGCUUGAGUGUCACUCGUCUGCCCGGUCAAUCUUAUUCUUGCAAUCCUCGGGUCUAUGAAAAUCCCGCUACCUGCUCCUUUGAUGGCCCUACCCCGGUUGGUCCACAUUGGCGCUUGUCUCUGCUUGUUGGGAAAGAAGAGCUCAAUACAUAUUACACAUCCCUUGAUGGUGGCUCUCCGCAGAACACAGACCUGUGGAUUAGCGGCCUGAAUGUAACAAUGUGGCGUACACGGAUGAGUGCUCACUGUACUGGGAUUUUGUUGGCUCUGGCGGAAGCAGCACUGUUCAAAGCAUCGAAAGCAGACGCUACAGUUCCAACUUUUCCUGCCUUUUGGGUACUACGAGUGGACACGUGCUUGGAUCAGUUGCAUGAACGUGCGCGAUUCGAAUAUGCAUUUCACACAUCAAACACCCUGCACAACGUCAACUUCCUCGAAGAGGUUUCCAUGACCUGGACUUUCCAACCGCUGUUGGACAUGGUGACCUCAUCCACACAGAUCUGACUUCUCUUUCAGCACAGUUUGCACAUACUCUGCACCCGUUUACUUUAUCUUGAUAUAUUUCCUUUUGUCUUUCUCAAACUGGAUAGUGGGUAGCAUAAUCGUUUUGCCAGACCGUUAUUCAAUGUUUACAUCGAACGUCCGGCUGGUGUGAAUGAUACGCAUAAAGUGCUCGUUUUGUUGCGGCUCGCGCGCUACCCUCUAUUUCGUUUGCCUGUACAGCUUUAGCAGCCUUAUUUCCGCCGAUUUUUUCUUCGGUAAGUCGGCCGUGGUUUCGUUGCACAUAGAUGUGUGAUUUUCUUGUUUGGAAACGGGUACACGCG